CUGCACAGUCUGAGCCAAUCAUCUUGCUCUAUAUACGCAGGCCGACCGGCAGACCUGUGACAUUCACUGUUCUCAUGUGUGUGUCAACUGUAUAAAUAUCUAAAAAUGAACAUUAUACGGUCGUCUUUUUCCCGUCUGCGUGGAAUAACCAGUUUCACCAGCAUUCCCACAGGGAACCUUGCAGCAUCUGGCAACACUCACCUUCGAUUAUUCAGCAACUGGACUUUGCCCAGAGCAGCUGUAGGACCUCAAAUUUCCAGAUGUGGGCCACUGUCUUCACAAGCUGAGGGUUCAGGAGUGUUCCAACAGCUACCGUGGCAAUACCAGCAGGUACGGACAAAGAAGAGAGGCACAGAGUAUCAGCCUAAGAACCUCAAACGCAAGAGGACGCACGGCUGGAUCAAGAGGCUCAGCACAAAAAGCGGCAUCGAGGUGAUUCUACGGCGCAUGUUGAAGGGACGGAAAUCUCUCACACACUGAAGGACCCUGUUGGAAAACCUGCAAGACUUUGGAAAAGAGACAGUGGCUCAGAGAUGCAGCCCUGGCUCAGGGUCCUCAGCAAAGACCUUGUGUAUUGGGUUAACUGGUGAUACUGGGUGUGGGUUGGGUUUGGCUUUCCCACCUUAUUAAUUAUGGGCAGGAGGAUGGAAACCAACCCUUGUCAAACAAGUUGCAUUUGCUUUGGGUUAAAAGGAGCCUGAUAGUUUCAUCCAGUUAUUUUUGAUCUGAAAAGUUUUGUUCAUAAUCAUUAAAUGUUAUCAGAUGUGACUUUCUUCUGCUUGUGUAACUGAAUUUGACAAAAA